AUGCACCUGCUUACCCUUAAUGUCACUGAACUCGUGAUUGGCUUACUGCGCGGCAAUCUCAAGCGAUCCGAAACAGACUCUUUGGCUGACUGGGACUGGGCAUGCUUGCGGGACGAUGACAUCUGGCAGGCGCACGGCAAACUCGUCGCGCAGGCGUCCCUCUAUCUUCCUGGCUCUUUUGAUCGACCCCCUCGUAACCCAGCUGAGAAGAUAUCGAGCGGAUACAAGGCAUGGGAAUUCAUGUACUACGUCUAUGGGUAUCUACCUGGUCUGCUUUGGGCGGUGCAAAAACCAAAGUAUCAUUCACAUCUCUGCAAACUGGUCUCGGGUGCUCGGGUCGCUCUACUCGUGAAAACUCCUGUGGAGCGUCGUGGGCCAGCGCACAACCUCUUGGUGGACUAUGUGGAGGAAUUCGAGGACUCCUUCUAUGCCCGGCGCGUUGAUCGGCUCCACUUCUGCCGCCAGGCGCUACAUGGGCUCACACAUCUCAUGCCUGAAAACAUUCGUGUUGGACCUGCCUGGCUACACUCGCAGUGGCCCUUGGAAAACGCGAUAGGGAACUUGACUGCAGAGAUCGGCUCACACUCGAAACCAUACGAAAAUCUCUCCCUCCGUGGUCUCCGGCGCGCGCAGAUCAGCGCCCUUGUGGCGAUGUUCCCGGAGGCCCUGGAGAAACCCACUCACCUUCCACGGGGGUCAGUGGUUCUGGGUGACGAAUACAUUCUGAUGCAUCCUACAGCGCGCAGCCCGACACUAGUUCCCAAUGGCGACGCACGUGCUCUCUGCGCGUUUCUGACCUCUCAUACAGUCCGUGUGCCUGCGGGAUGGAGGCCGCGUGUGACCAAAUGGGGCCGUUUGCGUCUUCCCAAUGGACAGAUUGCGCGUACUGCCUGGAAGGAAUGUCAGGGCGAGCGUCGAGGCCGCCCAGUCCACCGCGCGCGCAUGGUGAAGGUGCCAAUUUUUUUUAACCUAGAGAGAUGCUUCGGAAACUCACUGGCAUGCCUUAUUCAGUUCGCCGACGACCGAUUUGGAGAGAUACAAUACUUUUUUGGGCUCAAGAAAAUGCAUGACGACGGAGGUACAGACGAGGUUGAUAUGACUUUGGCCAUGGUCUCGAUGUUCACGCAACCCGACCCGGCGAUUUUGAACGACACACAUGGGGCCCUGAUGGCCUGCCGCUAUCAAGGAGACCAGUCCCGGGAGGUGGUUGAUGUCAAGGACAUCAUUUCCGUCGUCGCCAUGGUGCCUCUCGCGCCGAGACGCGAAGAGGCGGAGGACCCGCAUUUCGCAGAGCUGUAUACGCGUAGGUUUUUCGUCGUGGAACGCCUGGGCUUUGACAUGUCGUGGAUAGGACGCGAGGAGAGGGCGGCCGACGAGGAUGACGAGGAUGGUGAUGCAUGA